AUGGUGGCCACGACCAGCAAGGCUGGAGAUCCAACUUUCUCGACCUCACAACCGCUCGCACUGUGGCCAGACGGGCCAUUGCACGUAACGGCUGGCUCCGAAUCCCUUGAUACUCAGCUCAUAAGGAACCUCCAGGAAAAACACCUCUUGGACGACUCUCAGGUAGCUUUCCUGUCGGUACCCGCGACUUCUGUGCCUCGACCAGAGCACGUCUGUUCACAGCCUUCUCAGAUAUUUGUCGACAAGGGAUCGGCGAUUCAUGGGCAAAGUGGUGAAGGAGAGGAUACACAGACGUCGGAUAUUGUUGAUUUUGGCUCCUUGCUGGAGACUCAAGCACGACGCGCAAGCACUGCUGGGAGUGGAGAUGGACAGAAAGAAACCAGCUUGAACAGAGAUCGACCCAACAAGGAAGGAUUGCAUGGAAAGAAAUAUGAACCUGAGUCUAUAACGAGUGAUAAGGAUAAGACGCUGCAUUGCCGCGACGACAAACAUCAGCCACGACACGCUGCUUCACAUCGUUCCGGAGAAAAAUCCAAUAACUCCAAGCAACAACCGCGGACAUACAACCAACGCUCUGCGACAAGCACCACCAAGCAUGGGAAGAGCCUGAAUAGGCCUACGAAACACAGCAUGGACGACUGGCAACCAUCGGACGCCAAUCUCAGCGAACCAGAUGGCUCUCCCACACAGAAGAAUAACAGUCUUGCUUAUGGCGAUAUGCAUAUACCUUCGUCGUCUCCCGUGCCAGGUCACGAUGAUGAACUCCCUUUGCAGACAAAUCUGGGUCCCACAGCCUCUGCGAGGAGUUACGAUGAGAACGAAACAGGCAGCGUGCGCUUCUCCUUCACAACGAGCAAAGUACAUGCGCCAAUAAAUCGCGAAUCUUCGAUAGGAAUAGAUGAGGGGUUUACGGUCCACGAAGCACCAAUGGAAUUGGGACCGGAGACGCCUGCCCCGCCUGAAAACCCAUUUGCAAAGUCGAAACCGCCCUUGCAGGGGACGCAAUUAUUCAAUAACACACAAUCGUCUCCGGUAGACCCUCAUGUCUUGGAGUCUGGGUCUUCGAGGCCUUCACCUGGCAUGUUUGGUUUCGGGGUGCAGUCGUCGCGAAACCGCGUACUAUCGUCAGUCACCGACCGCUUUCAACAGGUUUCAUAUCACCCUCCCGGAGACCUCUCAUCUCCUCUACUACAUCAGGCGAAAUCAGCUGCUACAAAUCGCUCUCGCGAUAAUGAAGCGCCCGGCCAUGGCCACCGUCUUCCUGCCUUCACCUCUCCGCUAUACCACCAUGGCAGCAAGACACCAGCUAGUGCAAGUUACCGUGGGCAUAUCCCAGUUGCCCACGAAACGCCGGUUCCGCGAACCUCAAAAAGCUUUCAGCACCGAGCAAUCAGCUUCAAAGGGUCAGAACCGCAUGAAUAUGUCAGUCGCGAAGAGUCUCAGCAACGCCGCUUGCAAAAGCAGGCACAGGCUGAAGCCGACAGCGAUAGCGAGGAGGAUUCUUUUGAAAGAGAUCAAGCUAUUCGCGCCAAGCAAAGGAAAAUGAGAGAGGAUGCUGCCAAAGAGCUUGCGCAAGUAUCUGUUACCCGUGCGCCGAAGGAGGAGGAGGUCGAGGUGCCAGCAACUGGCCAGAAGCGCCGGAGCGUAUCUCAGGAAUACGUCGCCCAGUGCUACGACGCUGAUGCGAGGGAUAACCAGACUAGUACCCAAAUUCGGGACUCUAUAAAGACGGACGAGAACGACCAGGGUGAUACUCAAGCAGGUACCCAGGCAGAGAUGACUAUCGUCGAUUCACAAAUUCCAAUCGCGGCCCCUGUUGACAGUCCAUCACCCAGUAACAGAUCAUCAAGGCUAGAAAAAGGCCCCAUACCUUCGAACGACUGUUUCAAUUUGACUAACCAGUCAAAUACUGCGUCUACGGAUCUCAAACCUCAAGGGAACGAGGUAUUACCGCCGUUACCCACCCUAGAAAACAACUCCGAUACCGAAUCCGCACAUAGAGAAAGCUCCAUGUCCCCAAGAAUGAGGUCACCUCGCACGUCUAGCGGUCGCUUUGGCAAGAGUGGUCUGCCUCAAACACCUGGUCGCCUUUCGCAGGCUGUCUUUAUGCCUGCAUCGGCCGAGGACAUGGUCCCCGAGACGAGCCCAGCUAAGCUUUUUGAUAUGGAUGACUCCCCGGAGCCUUCCUUAGUCUCUAUUGGUGGCCUUGGCUUCACCCAGGAUGAUCCGGAGUACGAUGCAAUUGCGAGCCCGAUCAGAGACCUUGCUAUGAAACGUGGGGUUAAGGUCGGUCCAGCCAACACAGCCAAGUCGAAUAUUGCGGCUUCCAAAAAAGUCGCGAUUUCGAAAAAAUCGCAGGUCGUAUUUUCUGGAGAAUCAGCUAUGAGCUCUAGUCUACCUUUGAUUCCCUCUAUCAAACCCAUUCUCGCAGCACCUUCGCAGAUAGUCCCGUCGUCGGCAGAUAAUUUGCAAAGCGCCGAUGUGGAUGCUGCUGAUUCAUCGCCAGUGAGGCCUGCAACACGUGCCGCAAGGAAAGCUCGUCGAGCUUCUGGUGUUGUGUUUGAUAGCAAACAGGUACCCAGAGAAAGUCAAGUCAGCGAAGAUGAUGUGGUUAUGAUUACUGCGCAAAAGUCGGUAUCGCCUAUUCGCCAGUCAAUUGGGACCAUAGGAGAGGCUCCUACAGGCGAGACGGAGCUGCUUCCAUGCCCGUUUUAUAGCGCCGAUAGGCCGUGUAAUAUGAAGGACCAUCAGGCUUAUUACCACGACGAAGAGAUUCGACAGAUGUAUUUGAAAAGGCAUCGACCAGCCGCUCCCAUGAUAUCCAGUGGCGUAACCAGUUCGGGGUCGAAAGAUUCCGCAUUUCUGCCUUCCACACAACAUAGCGGAAAUGCUGAGGAAAUUUCAUCUCAUCUCCCCGCUACAGCGAACCUGAAGUCAUCGGAAAAUAUAUCUACAUACGUCACUCUUCAUGAUUCGAAUCUUCGGCACUCCACCAGCUCGUCUCUCUCUGAACUGCCGUCGGAGUAUGACAAUGAUGAGUUCUUCACUGCUGUAAUGGAGAAUAGCAACACUCGAAACCGUGACGAUAGGAGCAGGUCGACAGAUACAACUACAGAUACGAGUGACAAUGGAACCCCUGCGCGAGACUAUGCGGAAUCAAUGCCACCGCCUACUGUCAGGCGUAAACUAUCAUUUCCUCAAGGACCGCUGACGGCCAGCCAAACGAGGUUUAGAAACGAAGCAAUUCAAGGUAGCAAGGCAGUGGAAGCAACUGGGAAGGCGAAGCUGAGUGCACAGAGCUCCCGUAGCAACUCCAGGGCGUCACGGAGAACUAUGAGCACCACCGACUUCUCUGAGGAAGGUAGCAGUACUGUAGUAGAACUAACACCUGUCCGUCCUCAGCGCCCAGCUCGCUCCACCCGCCGGGCCUCCAUAAACUACGAUACCAAAUCCGACAGUUCUAAAUCCAGCUCCCCAGAUAUCCUCACCAAAGGACCCCCAACCCUUCCCAAAGCCGUCCAUCUUCAAAAAACCACUAACCCAACCCUCUUCGCUAACAUGGCCUUUGCCAUCUCCUACAAAGGUGAUACGGCGCAAGACAUCUCCGACCGCACAGCCGUCACGCGCCUCGUCAAAUCCCACGGCGGCCGCCUCCUUGAUGGCUUCAAUGAUCUAUUUACGGAUGGCCCCACCUCUGUCCUCACCACGCCUUCCACCGCCACAAAACAGCCGCUACCCCCACUCAAACACAAACAAAAACAGAUUGGCGAGCUGGCCCUCGCACCCGCCGCGCAGGACCUUGGUUUCGUAGCCUUCAUCGGCGACCACUACACGCGUAAAUCCAAGUUCGUGCAGGCCCUCGCGCUGGGCCUGCCCUGCCUCUCUGGGCGCUGGGUCACGACGUGCGUAGCACGCGGCAGAAUCGUGCCAUUCCUGCCUUUUCUGCUCGCGGCGGGCGAAUCGUCGUACCUCGGGGGCGCGGUGCGGAGUCGCCUGCUCGCGCCUUAUGAUCCAUCGACUGCGCGGUUUGAGGAGACGUUUGAGCGGCGCGAGAAGCUACUUGGUGGGAAGAGAGUUAUUUUCCUUAUGGGGCGGGGGAAGGCGGAGGAGCGGAAGAGAGCGUAUCUCUUUUUGACGCGGGCGUUGGGGGCGGGUGAAGUGAGGCGUGUGGCUAGUGUGAAGGAGGCGAGGGAGGUGGUGGAAAAAGGUGGCGGUUGGGAUUUGGUGUAUGUGGAUGAUGAUCGGAAGGUUGCUGGUGCGGAGGCGGAGAUUCUGGGUGGGGUGGAGAGUGGUACAAAGGCCAAGGGCAAGGCGAAAGGGAAGGCGGGAAAGAGAAAGAGGGGUGAUGAAGUGGAGGAUGAGAAGACUGGGUUGGAACAGGGAGGUGAGAGGAAGAAGGUUAGAGUUGUGGGGGAUGAGUUCGUUGUGCAGAGUCUUAUCUUGGGGUGUUUGAUGGAUGAGGAGUAG